GCAAGUGGCAAAACAUUUAAUAAUUGUUUAAAUUUGAGCUAAAAGGAAAAGCCACAUCAGGAAGCAAGGUCAAGGCACAGUCUCACGCACAGUUCCCUGUGUCUUCUCUCUCAUCCCUCCUCCAUGAGAAGCAGAAGCUAGGUCCUAGGGUUCCUCUCCCUCCAUCGUACAAAUCUUCCCCAAAUUUACUUUCUUCAAAUCUCACAUUACCCCAGCCAAGCCUAUCACUUCCAUGGCCAAAACCAGACCAGGCCUCAUCUCCAAGCCCAAACACGGCAAAAGAGAGCUCGACUCCUCCACCAUUCGCGGCACCAACAAAGUCGUCAAAGUGGGGGAUUGCGUGUUGAUGAGACCAUCGGACACCGGAAAGCCGCCAUACGUGGCGAAAAUUGAGGGAAUCGAGGCGGAUAGCAGAAACAAUGUGAAGGUAAGGGUGAGGUGGUACUAUCGGCCCGAGGAGGCGCUUGGUGGCCGCAGGCAGUUUCACGGUGCCAAGGAGCUCUUCUUAUCUGACCAUUACGAUGUGCAGAGUGCUCACACUAUUGAAGGGAAGUGUACAGUUCACUCUUUUAAGAAUUAUACCAAGCUUGAGAAUGUUGGGGCUGAGGAUUAUUAUUGUAGGUUUGAGUACAAGGCUGCUACGGGAGGCUUCACGCCUGACCGCGUUGCUGUGUAUUGUAAAUGCGAGAUGCCAUAUAACCCGGAUGAUCUUAUGGUGCAAUGCGAAGGUUGCAAGGACUGGUAUCAUCCUGCUUGUGUGGGCAUGACCAUUGAAGAAGCAAAGAAGUUAGAUCACUUUGUUUGUUCUGAAUGUGGAUCAGAUGAUGAUAUCAAAAGAUCACAGAAUGGAUUUUCUUCGUCACCGGCAGCCGAUGGCAAGUUAGAGACCAAGCGACGGAAGAGAUAGAAUGCAGGUGGGAGAUUAACAAAAUGCAUGGGGAGAUGAGGCUGCUCUUGCAGAUGUAGCUUUAUAAUGUUGUCGUGUGGAAUGUAUAGUGCUGAAAACAAUGGUGUGCUUUGUCCAAACUAUAGGCCAUCAGUAAUUUAUGUGAUUAUCUUGUGGUAUAUGUAGCUAUGCUAGGUUUAGGACAUAAUUCUGUCACCGAUCUAUCCAGAAAAGAAGUUUCAUUUUGCUCA